CAAGUAUUGGCGUGAUAAACUUGCUGAAAAUACAGUGAAUUAUACCCGAAAGAUGCAUUCUUCACAGGAUCAAACUCAAGCUCCAAAGCCUCGAUAUAAACAAACCAAAAUUUUAAACCAUUUUAGUUCAGAUGAACCACUUCCUCCUGAAAUAAGUAGCCUUGAUUUAGUAAAACUUAAUGAUAUAAAGGAAUUUAUUUCAAAUUGUGGAAUAAUUACAGGAUUUUUCAAUAAUUCACAUCAAGGUUCUGCAAUUUUAGCUCAAGGUUUAAAAGACAUGAAGAUUAAUAUUGAGAGAUUACAAACAUGGUGUAAGACUAGAUGGGGUUCAUUAUAUAUGACAGCAGAUUCAAUCUUACGUGCGCGUCCUGUUUUUGACUGGAUUUUAUUAGAACAUAAUGGUAUUGUCACAAACUCAAAUGUUUAUCUCUUAAUUCAAGAUGAUGAAUUUUUUAUGAAGUGUCGUCAUAUCCGUUCAAUUUGGGCCCCCAUCAAGGAAUGCAUUAAUAUUGUUGAAGCAAAAUCAGCUUCUUUAGCUGAUUGUUUUGUGCAAAUGAUUAAACUAGCAAUUGCUAUAUUUCGCCUUCCUUCAUCAAAUCCCUUUAAAGCUUCAGCAAUUCAAAUUUUUAAUACUCGUUAUCUUGAAUUUCAACAUCCCGCCUAUCUUUUAUGUUAUUUUCUUCAUCCUUAUUAUCGAGGUUUAGGACUUAAUGAUGAAGGAUUUAGAAAUACCGCAAUUACUGCUACAACACUUUGGCAAAAUUUAGGAUAUUCUGAACAAGAAUGUAGAGAACUUCUUACUCAGUUUCGAAAAUAUGAUCAAAAACUUAAGCCUUAUGAUUUACCUUAUGAAAAAAAUAUGGAUACACCUGAAUUAUGUAAACCAUAUCAUUUACGAGAUCUUGCACUUCGUCUAUUUGGUAUUGCUGUUUCACAAGCAGGAUGUGAACAAAAUUUUUCUAUACUUAAAUGGAUUAUUGGAGAUAGACGUACAAGAAUUGAUGUUCAAAAGCUUGAAAGUAUUUCUAAAAUUCGUUCUUAUUAUUUAGCAAGCAUUAAAAAUGAAUUAUCAUAUUAUGGAAAGCAUUUGAAUGAAACAGAAUUAAGAGAAGUUGCCAAUAUUUCGGCAGUUGGUGAAAUUAUUGCUUUAGAUGAUAAUAAUGAUAUUAUUAAUCAUCUGUCAUUAGAGGAAAAUCAGGUAGCUCAGGAGAGAAAAGGUAUACAAGAACGUACUACUUUAAUAUUGGAGGAUAUUGUUGAUCUUACACAACCGAUCUUUGAAAAU